AUGGAAACAUUCAAGAAGGUGCAAAUCAACAUCUCAUUGCUCAAUGCCAUUGCUAGGAUUCCAAAGUGUGCAAAAUUUUUGAAGGAUCUAUGCACUAAUAAGAGGAGAUUCAAAGAGCAUGAACAGGUUGCAUUAAGUGAAGAGGUAAGUGCAGUUUUACAAAGAAAGCUACCUCCAAAGCUAAAGGAUCCAGGUUCGUUUUCUAUACCUUGCAUAGUUAGUGAUUUUAAGUUUCAAAAAGCUGUGCUUGAUCUUGGUGUAUCUAUAAACCUUAUGCCACAUUAUAUUUAUGUGAAACUUAACCUUGGUGAGUUGCAAGCCACAUUUGUGAGCAUUCAAUUGGCAGUUAGAACUAUUAGAUACCCUAAGGGCAUUCUAAAAGAUGUUUUGGUGAAAGUGGAAGAGCUAAUUUUGCCAGAGAUUUAUUGGUGUUGGAAAUGGAAGAAGCACCAAUUCAUGACCAUUAGUUACCACUCAUUCUAG